AUGAGGGAAGAAUCGGAAAAAACUAGUGACCAGUUGCAUUCUCACGACGAGAUACUCGAGGAGUCUCCAUGCAAAAGGUGGUCAAAGCGCUGUGAAAAAGUGAAGCAGCGCGAUGUUCCUGGGAUUGACGCAUCGUACUUGGCGAUGGACAACGAAACGGGAAAUGAAGUAGUCUGGAAUGAAGUACUAUUCUCCGAACGUAAAAAUUUUCGUGAUCAAGAGGAGAAGAUUAGAGCUGUUUUUGAUCAUUUGACUCGUCUUGACCAUCCAAAUCUCGUGAAAUUUCACAAAUAUUGGGUUGACACUAAAUCGAAUAAACCGAGGGUAUUUUUUUAA